AUGAGUAAUAUUCCAUCAAGUGGUGCCACUGCUGGUACUAGUACUGGUAGUAAUCAACAACAACAAAAUACAAUAGUAUUGAGUGGAGAUGAUUCUGAUGAUGAAAUGACCAAUGUGGAUUAUUCACAAUAUAGUUUUUGGAACCUUGAAUAUUAUAUUCCAUUCUUUAAUGUGAAUACUAAUGAAGUACUCAGGAGAAUAACCAAACCAUAUCUCUUUUUUUUGAACACUGACGAAUCUUUUGUAUCAUACACAAAGAGAGGAAAGAGACAAUCUGAUCUGUGGGGACCAUUUUGGAUUAUCACAACACUUAUUGUUGUAAUUGUCAUGACUAGUAAUAUUGGACACUUUUUUAAUUUAAAUGCUAUCGGAAAAGAUGAUUUAUUAGAAUGGACAACUGACUUUUCACUCAUUUCUGUAGGAGCAACAGUGUUUUAUGCAUUUUCUAUGGUAGUUCCUGCUCUUUUAUGGGUUGCUAUGAAAUAUAAGGGUGUAACUGUUAGUCUUGUUGAAACCAUAUGUGUCUAUGGAUAUUCUUUCGCAGUAGUUAUACCACCACUUGUUUUAUGCAUGUUCAAUAUUACUUGGUUGAGAUGGAUUUUGAUUAUGGGAGGAUUUUUAUAUGCCAGUGUUUUUAUAGUAUUUGGUUUAUUCAAAGAAUGGAAGAAGGUUGUCACUGGUCCACAAGAUAAUAUUUUCCUUCUUGUUUUUGCAGCUUUUAUUGUACUUUCUCACCUCAUUUUGGCUGUCUUUGUCAAGUUUUACUUUUACACAUUUUCAGUUGAUUUGAAAUAA